UUUUAACCCCAUUUUUCCUCUGCACGCAAACAAUGCCUGAUUUAUUCUCCUCGGUUAAGAUUAAGUAUGUUAAGCUUGGUUACCAAUACCUAGUCAAUCACAUUCUUACUCUUACUCUUAUCCCCAUCAUGGCCGGUUCCGUUAUCGAAGUUCUUCGGUUAGGUCCCGAGGAGAUUGUUAACCUAUGGACUUCCCUUCACUUUGAUUUUGUCCAAAUCCUGUGUUCUUCUUUCUUCAUCAUCUUUCUCGCCACCGUUUACUUCAUGUCCAAGCCUAGAAGUAUUUACCUUGUGGAUUACGCGUGUUACAAGCCGCCGGUGACUUGCCGGGUUCCUUUCGCUACCUUUAUGGAGCAUUCCAGACUGAUCUUGAGUAACAACCCCAAGAGCGUCGAGUUUCAGAUUAGGAUUCUUGAACGGUCUGGUCUCGGUGAGGAGACUUGUUUGCCUCCCGCUAUUCAUUAUAUCCCGCCUAAUCCCACGAUGGAGGCCGCGAAAGGUGAGGCCGAGCUCGUUAUCUUCUCGGCUAUGGAUUCUUUGUUUAAGAAGACGGGGUUGAAACCGAAAGACAUCGAUAUUCUCAUUGUUAACUGCAGUCUGUUUUCUCCGACGCCGUCUUUGUCCGCCAUGGUGAUCAACAAGUACAAGAUGAGGAGUAAUAUAAAGAGUUUUAAUCUUUCGGGAAUGGGGUGCAGUGCGGGGCUUAUAUCGAUCGAUUUGGCUCGUGAUCAUCUCCAACUGCACCCGAGUUCUAAUGCGGUUGUCGUCAGCACCGAGAUCAUCACUCCGAACUAUUACCAAGGGAAAGAGAGAGCCAUGCUCCUUCCCAACUGUCUCUUCCGCAUGGGAGGCGCCGCGAUUCUCUUUUCAAACCGCCGUUCCGAUAGGUGGCGUGCCAAGUAUAAGCUCAUGCAUGUAGUCCGAACCCAUAAAGGUUCAGCCGACAAGGCGUACCGAUGCGUGUUCGAAGAAGAGGACAAGGAAGGCAAUGUGGGAAUAUCAUUAUCUAAAGAUCUAAUGGCUAUUGCAGGCGAGGCUCUAAAAUCCAACAUCACCACCAUUGGUCCUUUAGUUCUUCCAGCUUCGGAGCAACUCCUGUUUCUCAUUACACUCAUCGGGCGUAAAAUCUUCAACCCGAAGUGGAAACCUUACAUCCCCGACUUCAAGCAAGCGUUCGAACACUUUUGCAUCCACGCCGGUGGCCGGGCAGUCAUAGACGAACUCCAAAAGAACCUGCAACUCUCCGCGGAGCACGUGGAGGCAUCGAGGAUGACAUUGCACAGGUUUGGCAACACAUCGUCCUCAUCGCUGUGGUACGAGUUGAGCUACAUCGAGUCCAAGGGAAGGAUGAAAAGAGGCGACAGGGUUUGGCAGAUCGCUUUCGGGAGCGGAUUCAAGUGCAACAGCGCCGUAUGGAAGUGCAACCGAACAAUCAAGACGCCAACAGACGGACCUUGGGCGGAUUGCAUCGAUAGGUAUCCAGUUCACAUCCCUGAAGUCGUCAAGCUCUAGGCCAAAACAACAACAAAUAUGGUUAAAAAUCAUAUAAAAUCCAAA